UCUGUCAAAAAUGGGGGCAAGAUGUUUUUGAGGAAAAUUGCAGCAAAAUUUCCCAGAGGAAACAUUGGACGUCCUGUAUUUUCCAAUGGCAUCAUUUGUCCAGGACUGUGUGUUCUGCCUGAUUCCAUCACUGCUGCCUCUGCUGCUGUGCUUGGCCCUCCGCUGGCCCAGGGUUCACCGCUGGACGAGGCAGGCUGUCAAAGCUGCAGCCUGGAGGCUCUGGGUCUUCAUUUGCCUGAUCCUAGAGCUGCAACUGGACGUGAAUACAAGAGCAUGGACGGAUGAGGCUGGAUCACCAGGGACCGAUGUUUUGUCUGGGUCAGGUCGGGCCUCAGAUGGCCCCAGGCUCAUCUGCAAACACACUGCGCUGGCUAAAUAUCUGCUCCGGCACUGUGGCUCUCUGGCCAGGCCGAGACUGGCCUCCUGGCCCAGGGGAGACCCCCACAUUCAGACUCUGUCCAGCAUGCUGUGUGGACAACAUGGAGACGGUUUACAGUUCACUAGAGACCAUCUGCUACUGAGAGAUGGGGGUAUUAUUGCUCUGGACUGGGGGGUUGAGAGGAGGCGGUGGGAGGGAAGGAAGGAGCAUCAGACAGGAGGAAAGGCGCUCGGCUGUUUCACCACGACGCCUCCCGUCCUGCUCGUCAUCCCUCAGUCCUGGGGAGGGAUGACCCCCCACCUAAAGCUACUGUGCCAGGAGGCCGUGCGUCAGGGCUUCUACGUGGUGGUGUUUCACGCUCGAGGCACAGCGGGGUGCCCGCUGACCACAGCAAGGCUGACAGAGUUUGGAGACCCAGCCGAUCUUGAGCAGGUGGUGGUUUACGUGCACAGCCGCCACCCGUCCUCUGCGCUGGUUGCGGUGAGCGAGGGUUCAGGCUCAGGGAUUCUUCUCUCCUACUUAGGCGAGUCUGGGUCAAGUUCAUACCUGAAAGCAGCUGCAGCCAUCUCACCUGUGCUCCUGGGCCAGCUGUGGUUUGAAACAGCCAUGCCUCCCGUGUAUCGCUGGGGGGCUUUACUUCACAGGAAAAUGCAGCUCAGCAGAUAUGAAAGUUCCUUCAGGGGAGUCCUGGAUGUGGACCGGGCCCUCAGCUGUUCCUCCCUCCGAGCCUUUGAGGAAACUCUGUUCUGCACUUCAGCCCAGCUUCGGCAGGGGGCCCCCAGACCUCCACUGAGCUCAGGAUCUCACCCCCCACAGGGCCUGGCCCCCUCGGUGGCCUGGGCACUGGGCGAGAGGGCGCACCCAGCCAAGGACUGGGACGGCUACUGGGAGAGGAACGAACCUCUGAGAGAUGCAGACGAGGUGGCCGUCCCUGUGCUCUGCAUCUGCAGCCGUGAUGACCCCGUCCUCCCGCCUGCCUCCACCUUACCCCUUUUCCUUUUCCAGAGCAAUCCUUAUUUCCUCCUGGCCCUGACAGACAGAGGGGGGCACUGUGGAUUCAAGCUGGAGCGGGGGAGGACUGGUGACGAGGAGCUGGAGGAGGGCAACUGGAGUCAUAUCGCAGUUCUGGAGUACUUCAGAGUGGUGGCUGAUUUCCUGAAAGGGGAGGAGAGGGACGGGUCGAGCUGCGGUGGCACAUCAGGAGAAUACAGUCAGGCUGGGCAGAGGAGCAGGAGCAGCCACGCCGCGGCUCCACCGCGCAGGAGGACAAGGAGGCCGAGACUGCAGGCACCUGAGCAGAGCGCUGCAGAUGCAGAGGGAGCGAACUUCACCUGGAAGAGGUCGUACACGCGCUGAGGAGGAAGAGAUGGUGAAGAUCUGCAGACAGAAAUGUUGUUGACUUUGGACAAUAUUUUUCUUGAUAUUCUGUCACACACACACACACACACACACACACACACACACGUCAUCAGCCUGCAGACCUGCAAGAACCAUCUACAUCUAUGAUACACAAAGAUUUUUUUAUUCUUAUAAAAUGAACUAAGGCCCAACCAGGAGUAUCAGGAGCAUCUACCUGACCUGAUGUCCAUGAUAAAUGUCUCAGAUGUCGAGCUCAAUCCAAAUAGUUUCAUCUUCGGUUUGUGGCAGUACAGUUGGCUGGAGCACAGGACUGCAAUCGUGCCCAAAAAGGGAGAUAAAUAUGGACUAUAUCUAUAUCUUCACAUGCUCAAUAAGGCACCUGUUAUCAGGUUUUUCAUUGAGAGGACACUUCAGCUAACAGAUUUUUACAUCUUUACUGAGCUAAGUGAGUGAAAUAAAUCAGGGGGACAGAGGACUUCUGGUAAAGAGAAGCAUAAAGGACUUGUUAUAAAAACAUUUUUCACUUUUUCAAACAAUGAUAAUUAAAAUAAAGCGGGGGGGUACAUAAUGUUGCAGCAUUUAUCAAAAUGUGUUACUUAUUAAGGCAAAACUUUUUUUGGCAACAUCGCUGCUGUUUGCUUUACGAAAUCCCCCCCGAGGCAACAAGAAGUGAAGGUUAAACAAAUAUUUGAAGAGCUGAAGCUUUGAACAGAGGUGUGGUAACGUAGUACAGUUAAAACAUGGAGCACAAUAACUCAGGCAGUUUAAGGAAAGAACAAUUAAAAGCUGAAAUUUUUAAGGCUUUAAAAUACACAAGACGAAACAAUCAGAAUCAAACAAUGCGACAAAGAAAUAUUAAAAUUACUUUAUUACAGAUGAUUCUUUAUCCAGUAGCCCUCUUCCAACAAAAAAUAGUAAUUACAAACAAAAUAUUACAUUUAUCCCCUAAACUUUGUUUCUGAAUUUCUUUUAUACAUUUUAAAUCACUUUGUCAUCUGUAAGGAAUAGCUUUUCUCUUCUGCUAUGCGACAUUCAGCUUUUUGCACAAUCUAUACAAUUGAAUACAGUUUAAUACAGGUCUCUGGACUACGGAGAAUAAAACAGCAAGAUCCACCAAAUGACAGGAGAGAUAAAGGGAAUACUGAUAAACAGACUGUACAGAGACAUAACCCUGCCUCCCGCCUUCUUUCAACCAAUGGCAGCCGUCCCUCGGCACGCUGAGGGGGGAUCACAGUAGACUCUUUAAUCUGGUCAAUCACUUGUGCAAUCAGUGCAACUGAUCCAGUUCAGAGUGACCGAGGUCUAAAGCUAGACUCUGUCCCGACUGCCUCGCAAAACACCUGGGAGUUCUAGUAAACACAAGAGAAGGUCUAAAAAAAAAAAAAAAAAAUCCACCAGUCGUUUGGCCCUCUGCAGACGCCAUCUGGAAAUUAAAAUGAGCCUUUCUGGCAGAAAAGUAAAUAAAACACUACGGCGCCGGGAGAACGGGCUGAUAAAAAGAUGUUGGGUACGAUGGCAUACUGGCUGAAGAAAGACCGCCACACUCUGUUGGUUCUUUUUUUUUUCUGUCAUCAGAACUGAGCCAAGAAAAACGACAGGAUUAUAAAUUCUGAGUGCAGGUGGUGGUCUUCGUUUCUUUUUUUUUU